CUCAAGACUCAAGGAUCUUUGCCCACAGAACUUUAUAUAAUCUUUUCUUUGAGAAGAAGAGUAGUCUUACGUUGCAAAGAGCUGAAGCUAAAUAAGUUCCGUCAAAAGUCACUAUCUUCUUAACAAAAGAGUUACCCAAAGCAAUUAUUUCUUGUUGGUUUUUUUUUUUAUUUUAUUUUGUCUUCAGACAGAAAGAUGCAAAGAGUUCGAUUAUCGUCUCAACAGGCACCGGUACAUAAACUAGGGGACUCCCAGAUUACAUUAUCCCCCAAAUUUAGAGUGGGUGUGAUCCAAUCUUCCUUGUUAAACCCUUCACCAGAGUUUGAGUCAUCUCUGCAAUGUGAGCCCCUUAUUCCUGGGCUUCCUGAUGAUAUUGCACUCAAUUGUCUUCUCCGGGUUCCAGUCCAGAGCCAUGCAGCCUGCAAAGCUGUUUGUAAGAGAUGGCAUUUAUUGCUUGGUAAUAAGGAGCGGUUCUUCACCCGUAGAAAGGAAUUGGGGUUCAAGGAUCCUUGGCUCUUUGUCUUUUCUUUCCACAAGUGCACUGGAAAGAUCCAGUGGCAGGUUUUAGACCUUAUCAACUUUUCUUGGCACACUAUCCCAGCAAUGCCUUGUAAACACAAGGUCUGCCCUCAUGGAUUUAGAUGUGUUUCAGUAGCUCAUGAUGGUACACUCUUUGUUUGUGGUGGUAUGGUCUCUGAUGUUGAUUUUCCCCUUGACUUGGUUUUGAAGUAUGAGAUGCAAAAGAAUCGUUGGACUGUGAUGAAUCGGAUGAUAACAGCUAGAUCAUUUUUUGCUAGCGGGGUAAUUGAAGGGAUGAUAUAUGUAGCAGGAGGCAACAGCUCUGACCUUUUUGAGCUAGACUCAGCGGAGGUUUUGGAUCCUGUAAAAGGGAAUUGGCGUAGAAUUGCAAACAUGGGAACAAACAUGGCAUCUUAUGAUGCAGCAGUUCUUGACGGGAAACUUCUUGUGACAGAAGGGUGGUUGUGGCCAUUCUUUUUCUCUCCCAGGGGUCAAAUUUAUGAUCCAAGGACUGAUAAAUGGGAGAAUAUGGCUUUUGGAUUGAGAGAAGGUUGGACUGGUUCCAGUGUGGUGGUCUACGGGCGCUUGUUUGUGGUUUCAGACCUUGAACGGAUGAAGCUCAAGGUUUAUGAUGCAGAAAGUGAUUCUUGGGAAACAAUAGAAGGGUCUCCCUUACCAGAACAAAUUUCUAAACCAUUUGCUGUCAAUGCUUGGGAUUGCAAAAUCUAUGUUGUGGGUAGGAAUCUUCAUGUUGUUGUGGGUCAUAUCUCUAGGCUGCAGCAAAAGGGCAUUUGUGAGAAGAAAUGGGGCUUCAGUGUUAGAUGGCAUGUGGUGGAUCCGCCAGAUAGUUUCUGUGACUUGACACCUUCAAGCUCUCAGGUUCUUUUUGCAUAGCUUUCCAGCUUUAUUUGUAUCUUGUCUUGUGUUGUACUGAAUAAGCUGUAAUUAUUUAAAAUGUACAAUGGUAAUAAUUGGCUGCUGCUGAACCAAUCCAUCAACUAUACUGUUGUUUGA